GGUGCCAGACAUUGCAUGCCUCACCCAAUGGUUGCGCGUAAAGUCAUUGACUGACGCUUACUAAAACACUGGUCGGCAACAGAUGCUGGCUCAAGGGUGUUUUAAUUUUUUCACGGUUUAGUCAAACCUUUCAAGGGUUUGGUAAAAUCUGUAGUAUUCCCACACACAAUUCAUUCUCGCGUCUCAAUCAAGGUGUGAAAUUAUGCAUCUUCAAAUACAAUAUUUGUGUGGUCAAUUUGCAGCGUAAAAAUUAUAAUCGGACGCGCGGCUGAAUCUGCCACUACCCAGGCGUUAAAAAAUCUGUCAUGCGUAGCAACGCCUGGGCAGAAGAUCUCCCAUCUCAACCUUGCCUGUGGCUGGGGGAGGGGGCUUGUGUGGGAGAAACCAGGAAGAGAAAUGGUAUGAAUGUAUUUGACAACUUCAACCUCAUGUAGCCUGAAUAGCUAGUGUCUAUUUGACGAAUACAUUUUACUCGACACAACGGAGACCCACUUGCUUUAUGUCAAAGUUAAAUAAAAAUUUAGAACGAUAACCCCAGCUUUGAAACGAAAAAGGUUAAAGUUCACAGGAAGCUGGGGGGCUACCAUUUUUCACUGCUGCUUACAUUUUAGAUGCUAGAGAGGGAGGGGUGGUCGUCGUGGUUUUAUUUAAUUUCUCCAGACUAUUGAGCUGUACGCGUUUUUUUGUUUCGCCACCCCUACUCACUAACAAUUGAUGUUGAAUGAAUUCGGCAUGGAGAGAAUAGCGGAGCAGUCGUGGAAUUCUUCAUACACCUAUCAGGUGAGCAAGCAUAGCGCGGAGAUGCUACACAACCUCAACAUUCAGAGGAAAGAUGGAGGCAAGUUUUGUGAUGUGAUCUUGCGCGUCGGCGAAGAGAGCUUUCCUGCCCACAAGGCGGUACUGGCGGCGUGCAGCGAGUAUUUCGAGUCCGUUUUUGGUUGUCAAACGGAGGGCGACGGGGAGGCAAAAGAGCUCGAGAUGCAUACGAUAAGUCCCAAAGUUUUUAAAGAUAUUUUGGACUUUGCCUACACCUCUAGGAUUGUGGUACGAUUGGAAUGUUUCCCCGAGUUGAUGACGGCUGCUAAAUUUCUGCUAAUGCGUUCUGUCAUCGAGAUAUGCCAAGAAGUAAUCAAACAGUCCAAUGUAAAAAUUCUUGUUCCACCCUCAAGAAGAGGCGACGUCAGUUUAUUCCGUGCCACGGGGGGCUCUGAAUUUAGUUUCACAUUGGCUGUAGACAACUUGUCAAAUGGGAAUGGCUUGUUUACCAACAAUGGGCAGACACAUAAUGUGGAUGGAAAUCGGGCCAAUGAUACAGUCAUGUCGGAUGGCAGCCCCCAGUCCUCUAUGCCAGUCCUGCAGCCCGUGUCUCCAUCAGAGAUGACGGACAACCCGUUCCAAGAAGAGGGCUCUUUGGGUUCCAAGAGAGGCAGGGGGCGACCAAAGAAGGGGACAGUCAUGGAACCUAUUCAUUACAACAUCAGCACCGCUGACGUUAAAGAAGACAUUGAGCAGAUAUUUCCUUGUGGAAUAUGUGGCAAGGCAUUUACAGAGGCUGUGCGGUUGAGAAACCACGAAGCGCAGCAUGGAGCGUCCAGCCAUGGCGCGAGUAGCGGCGACGGCUUGUCUGGCGAGGGAGGCCCUACCUCGAUAUCGCACUCUGGUCAGCCCGGUCUGUUGGAGAAUGGCAUGCCAUUGCAUGGAGGAGUAGGCAUAGAAAACAGCCGUAAGCGCGAGAGGACGAGACGUCACGUUGGCUGUGACAUUUGUGGGAAGGUGUUCCGGGAUGUCUACCACCUGAACCGACACAAGUUGUCUCAUUCCGGGGAAAAGCCAUAUGCUUGCCAUGUCUGUGGCCUGCGGUUCAAGCGCAAGGACAGGAUGUCAUACCAUGUCCGGUCACAUGAUGGAUCUGUGGGUAAACCCUACCUCUGUCAAAGUUGUGGAAAGGGGUUUUCCAGGCCAGACCAUCUGAAUGGACACAUCAAGCAGGUUCACACAACAGAGAGACCCCAUAAGUGCCAGAUUUGUAAUGCUUCCUUUGCUACAAGAGAUCGCCUGCGGUCCCACCUAGCUUGUCACGAGGACAAGAUCCCCUGCCAGAUGUGUGGGAAGUACCUCCGAGCUGCGUACAUGACCGACCAUCUCAAGAAACACAGUGAAGGACCUCACAACUACUGUGGUAUAUGCAACAAAGGUUUCUCCACUGCGUCCUACCUUAAGGUGCACGUAAAAUCGCACCAUGGCUCGCCAUUGCACCCCCGUACUGCCCAAGCACACGGUGCCUUCCCUGCGCUGCACGGGGAGCCACAGAUGCACAGCGGCGCCCCCUACCACACGGGACGCCAGUGCACAGUGGAAGACCUGUGUACCAGUCACCGGCUGCUGGUCACCUUCCCAGAGGCAGAUGGUCACUGCUUUCUCCCCCAGGCCGGCCCUCCCUCCCUGGGUCUGCAGCCCGAGCUGCUCCUGGGGAAACCAGGGCCUGGGGGGGCUCCAUAUUUCUGGGAGUGCCACUCUGCUGGGCCGCCUGGGUUUCACCCCCUCCACGGGCCUCUGCCAGACGGACAGGAGAAUGCUGGAAAAUGCCCCCAUCAAGGAGAAUCUGAGGGAGACGAGCCGUUGUUCGGGGAUCUGUCCAACGGCGACGAAAUUAAGUCUCCGCACAAGUCUGAGGAAGAGGAGCUUGGGACGCCGUUUGACUGCAACGGAGCCUCUACCGAUGCUGUGGGAGGGUCGCCACCAGGUGCCGUUAAAGCCAAGACCAGCCAGGACUCUCCAGUGAAGAAGUUCCCUUGCAGCGAGUGCACACAGACCUUCCGCACCAAGUCUUACCUCAAUAAGCACGUCAACAGAGUGCACCAUCAUGGGGUCCAGAAGAGUCUAGUGGUGAGUGUAGGGUCGGGGUCAGGUCUGGGGGAGCUGGGUCCUUCCCUGGGCUCACCCUUCUCCCCUCAACAGAACAUGUCUCUGCUGGAGUCAUUUGGCUUCCAGAUCGUCCAGUCUGCCUUUGCCUCGUCGCUGGUGGACUCUGAGGCAGGACAUAGUGGGAUGGAGCUGGGGGGGAAGUGACCUGUAGCUCAGUGGGGGGGAAGUGAUCAAUAAGUUAAUGUGGGGGAAAGUGAACCUAGAUUUGUGCGGGAAAUUUGCCCUAGUUAGGUCUGUUCAGCCUAUCAGAUGUAAGGGAAUGGCAUUGUCUAUAGACUGCUCUUGGCGUUGUCUAUAGACUGCUCUUGGCGUUGUCUAUAGACUGCUCUUGGCGUUGUCUAUAGACUGCUCUUGGCGUUGUCUAUAGACUGCUCU